CCUUUUUCAUACUGAUUGCUACUCAUUUUUUGGGUGCGAUCAACUACAUGAUUCUUCUUCCAUUUAUUCCAAUUGAAUUCAAGAGGUUUGACCUAAGUCCAUCAACCUAUGGAUACAUCUACGCCAUGUUCGCCUUUACCAAUCUGCUGGUUACUUUUAUUGUGGUGAGAGUUAUGGAUCACUUCGGCAGAAAGAACACUUUGUUGGGAGGAGUUGCCUGAAUGACAGUCUGAAUGGCUUUACUUGUUAUGACAAGCUACUUUCAAAGCAGCGAGAUCUUGGUUCCAGUGUUGUUUGCUGUGAGGGGGCUUCAAGGUGCAGCAACUUGUUUGAUAGAUACUUCAGUUUAUGCAAUCAUCUGAGUAUCAUUCACCAAAAACAGGAUCAGAUAUUUGGGCCUCAGCCAAUCGUCAAAAGGAGCUGGAUCAACAUCAGGGCCUAUAAUCGGAACCCUCAUGUAUUCGCUAGUUGGAUUUCGAGGCAUCUAUUUUAUCAUGACAGGGCUUUUCAUUGUUCUAUUAUCCCUCCUUUCCUUCAAAAUAUCAAAAUCUGUGGACAUCCGUGAAGGAGAAAACUCUUGGACUGUAAGAGAUUUCUUGGUAACUAAUGACGCUGAAGCACAGAAAGACAGAGAGCAAGCAGAAGACAUAUCAUGCUGGAAACUACUCACAAGCAAAGUGUACUUGCUCACGACGAUUUGAGUGUUCCUAUGCUUCUUCAACUUCUGCUUUUAUGAACCUGUUCUUUCAACGGAAUUAAUGGCUAAGGGACUCUCUAAUUCUGAAAUAGGCAUCAUAUUUUCAAUUGCUCCGAUUUGUUAUUUCAUUAUGCUGCUGAUCUUCUCAUUCUUUGGAGAAAAAUUAUGUUCAAGAAAGUUGGUAGUCGUUGGGAUGGUUCUCGGUGCUAUUGGAGUUUUUCUUAUGGGACCAACUUCUUUCAUACCAGAUUGGUUUUUGUUCUCUUCAGCAGGAGCUGGAAGGUUAGUAGACUCUUCUAGAGCUUACUUUUACACAAUGGGAGCAGGACAUUUUAUCAUGGGCAGCUCGUCUGUGUUGUUCUUUCUUCCUAUUUUACCAAUCAUUAUUGAAGAUGGAGUCUCAAAAUAUCCAAAUCACCAAUCCAAGAUAGCUGAUAUUUCAUCAGCAGUAUUUAAUUUCUCGCUAACAGCUGGUGUAGGAGUUGGUUCUAUAUAUGGAAGCUAUAUCACUCAAUAUUUCGGAUUUAGAAAAUGUUGAACAUCCAUUGCGUUGAUAACCCUCUUAUACAGUUUGGUUUACCUAAUCUUAUGCGUAAUUCCUCAGGCUCCUCCAAAACUAAACUCCUCUACUCAAUCUAUUAGCACGAAGGCAACAGCCAAGGAUUCCCAAGAAAUAACACAGCAGGUUCAUUACAGACCAGAAAUGGAGACUCAGAGAGAGUUUUUAAAAAGGGCAUAAGUCGUUGAAAAUUAAUGAAUUCGGAAAGUAGCCAUGUUCCUUUGGGCGAGGGUAGAGUGUUGUAC